AUGUCUGGUCGCGGUAAAGGAGGGAAAGGGCUCGGGAAAGGCGGCGCCAAGCGGCACAGGAAGGUGCUCCGUGAUAACAUCCAGGGCAUCACCAAGCCUGCCAUCCGCCGCCUAGCUCGCAGGGGAGGCGUCAAGCGCAUCUCCGGCCUCAUCUAUGAGGAGACUCGCGGGGUGCUGAAAGUCUUCCUGGAGAACGUCAUCCGGGACGCCGUCACCUACACCGAGCACGCCAAGAGGAAGACCGUCACCGCCAUGGACGUGGUCUACGCGCUCAAGCGCCUGACAGGGAGGAAAACCGCAGCCACUGAGAACAACGGGGAGACCCGGGAGCAGCUCCGCUGGAGACAGGGUGGGGGCUCUGAGAAGAGCCUUUGGGUCCGGAGAGCGGGGGGCGGCGCUCACUUGGCGCUGGUGUACUUGGUGACGGCCUUGGUGCCCUCGGAGACGGCGUGCUUGGCCAGCUCUCCGGGCAGCAGCAGGCGCACGGCGGUCUGGAUCUCCCGGGAGUCCGGUCAGAAUCCAGCGGCCGUGGAGGAGCAGUCCAUUCCACACAGGGGACGAACCCUCUACAGCAGCAAUGUCUGCCCGUACUCGCAGCAGGUCAGGAGCGAAGAGCCUUUGGUUCCGGGGGGCACAGCAGCAGCAGCAGAGCCGGGCUCACUUGCUCUUGGCCGACUUGGUGCUCUCGGUCUUCUUGGGCAGCAGCACGGCCUGGAUGUUGGGCAGGACGCCUCCCUGGGCGAUGGUGACGCCGCCCAGCAGCUUGUUGAGCUCCUCGUCGUUGCGCACGGCCAGCUGCAGGUGGCGGGGGAUGAUGCGGGUCUUCUUGUUGUCGCGGGCGGCAUUGCCGGCCAGCUCCAGGAUCUCGGCGGUGAGAUACUCGAGCACAGCGGCCAAGUAGACGGGAGCGCCGGCGCCCACCCUCUGGGCGUAGUUGCCCUUGCGGAGGAGCCUGUGCACUCGGCCGACCGGGAACUGGAGCCCUGCCCGGGAGGAGCGGGUCUUGGCCUUAGCCCGGACUUUGCCUCCUUGUUUGCCGCGUCCAGACAUCGUUCUCUACAGCACAGAACAGUGAGGAAGACUCUGAUGUAUCUCUGCAGAGCCAUGGCCAGAACCAAGCAGACAGCCCGUAAGUCCACCGGCGGGAAAGCUCCCCGCAAGCAGCUGGCCACUAAGGCCGCCAGGAAGAGCGCCCCCGCCACUGGCGGAGUCAAGAAGCCUCACCGCUACCGGCCCGGGACCGUCGCUCUCCGGGAAAUCCGGCGCUACCAGAAGUCCACCGAGCUGCUCAUCCGGAAGCUGCCCUUCCAGCGCCUGGUGAGAGAGAUCGCCCAGGACUUCAAGACCGACCUUCGCUUCCAGAGCUCGGCCGUCAUGGCCCUGCAGGAGGCCAGCGAGGCUUACCUGGUCGGGCUCUUCGAGGACACCAACCUCUGCGCCAUCCACAAGAUGUCUGGUCGCGGUAAAGGAGGGAAAGGGCUCGGGAAAGGCGGCGCCAAGCGGCACAGGAAGGUGCUCCGUGAUAACAUCCAGGGCAUCACCAAGCCUGCCAUCCGCCGCCUAGCUCGCAGGGGAGGCGUCAAGCGCAUCUCCGGCCUCAUCUAUGAGGAGACUCGCGGGGUGCUGAAAGUCUUCCUGGAGAACGUCAUCCGGGACGCCGUCACCUACACCGAGCACGCCAAGAGGAAGACCGUCACCGCCAUGGACGUGGUCUACGCGCUCAAGCGCCAGGGCCGCACUCUCUACGGCUUCGGGGGUUAA